CCCGGAAGUGAGCGGCGGAGGCGGGGAGCGCGGGGCCCCGCGCUGGAACUUGCCCGGGUGUUUCCUGGCGACGGGGGAAGUGAGGAGCCGCCGCGGAGAGUGGGAGCCGCGUUCCCCCCCCUCCCGGGCGCCCCAUCUACCAUGAGACCCGCCAUCUUCCCGCUCCUGCCUGACCCUGGCUGCCUCCUCCUCCUCCUGGUGUCUUGGCUUUUUAAUCCAACAAGAAGUGAAAUAACAAGUCUAGAUAGUGGAAAUAUAGAUGACAUUUUAAACAAUGCAGAUGUUGCUUUAGUUAAUUUUUAUGCUGAUUGGUGCCGCUUCAGCCAAAUGCUGCAUCCUAUUUUUGAGGAAGCUUCCAACGUAAUUAAGGAAGAAUAUCCAGAUAAGAAUCAAGUGGUGUUUGCUAGAGUAGACUGUGAUCAGCAUUCGGAUAUAGCUCAGCGAUACAGGAUAAGCAAAUACCCAACUCUGAAACUUUUCCGGAAUGGAAUGAUGAUGAAGAGAGAAUACAGGGGCCAGAGAUCUGUGACAGCAAUAGCAGAUUAUAUCAGGCAGCAGAAGAGUAACCCUAUUCGGGAGGUCCAGGAUUUGGAAGAAAUUAGUUCUCUUGAUCGCAGCAGAAGAAAUAUUGUUGGAUACUUUGAGCAAAAGGACUCUGACAAUUACAGAACCUUUGAAAGAGUAGCGAAUAUUUUGCAUGAUGAUUGUGUAUUCCUGUCUGCCUUUGGGGCUAUUUCAAAAGCAGAGAGAUUUAGCGGAGACAAUGUAAUCUACAAGCCACCAGGGGAAAAUGCUCCAGAUAUGGUGUAUUUAGGCUCGCUAACCAAUUUUGAUUUGAUUUAUGCAUGGACACAAGAUAAAUGUGUACCACUAGUUCGAGAAAUUACAUUUGAAAAUGGGGAGGAGUUGACAGAAGAAGGCCUUCCUUUUCUCAUACUUUUCCACAUGAAAGACGACUUGGAGAGUUUAGAGAAAUUCCAACAGGAGGUUGCACGACAGUUAAUAAGUGAAAAAGGUACAAUAAACUUCCUCCAUGCUGACUGUGAUAAAUUCAGACACCCACUCCUCCAUAUUCAGAAGACUCCAGCAGACUGCCCUGUUAUUGCCAUUGAUAGCUUUAGGCACAUGUAUGUCUUUCCAGACUUCAGUGACUUGUCAGUUCCAGGUAAACUGAAGCAAUUUGUACUAGACUUGCAUUCUGGAAAACUGCAUAGAGAGUUUCAUCAUGGCCCUGAUCCAACUGAUGUAGCACCUGGUCAGCCAAUUCAGGAUUUGGCAAGCAGCCCACCAGAGAGCUCAUUCCAGAAACUGGCACCCAGUGAACAUAGGUACACCUUAUUGAGGGAAAAAGAUGAACUUUAAAAACUUGAAAUAAUCUUGCAAGUCUUUCAGACAGCAGCAUUGACUUCUGUGUGGUGGAAAUAGUAAACCUAUAUUUUCAUAAUUCUAUGUGUAUUUUUAUUUUGAAUAAACUGAAAAAUAAUUUUUUUCUCCCCA